AUGUCUUCCAUCCGAAUAUUGACUUCAUCUCAUGUCGAUGAGAUCUUAUCGAAUUUAUCACCUUCGCUAGCGUUGGAAUCCCAAUCACAUGUGUUCAAGUCGUUCUCCACACCUUCACCCUCAUCAUCAUCCACAGAAGGAUCUCAAAAACGAUUGCAACCUGUGAUUCAAACUCCACAUAGAAUAACAGUAACUUCAGAUGAAACGACAAUGUUAUUUAUGCCUUCUAGAGCUCCAACCAUAUCUGAAGGUAAAAGUACAACUACGACUGCAAUUAAGAUCGUAUCUGUUCCUCAGAAUAAUGAUGGCGGAUUACCCGGAACUACAUUAGUGAUGGAUGAAAAUAGUGGAAAAGUAAAAGCUAUUGUUAAUGCAAGGAAAUUAACUGCUUUAAGGAAUGCAUGCGGCUCGGCAUUAUUCCUUCAGCAAUUUCCAACACCUUCACCACCCUUACACUUGAUUUUGUUUGGUUCGGGCGCACAAUGUCGUUCACAUGCUACAUUGAUACUCAAAUUACAUCCAUCCAUUGAGAAAGUCACAUUUGUCGUUCGUUCACCUACUUCAAGAUCUGAAUCACUCGUCAAAGAAUUAUCAAAUUCAUUUCCAUCCGUAUCGAUCGAUUCAGCAGUUCAUCCUUCAUCGUCUUCAGAAGGGUUGGAUGAAUUAGUAGGUGGUGGAGAUAUAAUCGUGACAGCAACGUCUUCAACAAACCCUUUAUUCAAUUCGAAUAAUCUAAAUUCUGCCAAAUCAAUACCCAAGAAAGGAUCGAGAUUGAUCUUGAUAGGUUCAUACAAACCUAUCAUGCAUGAAAUCGACAGAAACUUGAUUGAACAUUCAGGUAUAGUGGUAGAUUCACAGGAAGCUUGUGCGAGGGAAUCAGGUGAAUUGAUCGAUUCAUCUUUGGAAACAAACGAUUUGAUUGAAUUAGGAAAUAUCUUGUCCGGACAAAAUGAAAAUGAAAACCAAAACGAGAAUGAAAAUGCAGAUGGGUCCUAUAAAGGAAAAGUUUACGAUAGAGCAGGUGGAAAAAAUGGUAUAAUAAUCUUCAAAUCUGUUGGUUUGGGUAUUCAAGAUGUAGCUAUAACAAAAUUGGUUUUGGAAGAAGCCGAAAGAUUGAAUCUGGGAAAUGUAGUUGAGAACUACGAUUAG